AUGGUCAAGGAAGGCGACGAAGACAACGACGGGGACAAUGAUAAUAUCAAGGAUACGGACAAAGACAAGAACACGGACAUUGUCACGUACCUGGGCGACGUCGCCGCUCCUCCUGCAUGGUCUAUGGGAGAUCACAUCUGGCUUCACGGCCUCAAUACAGCCUCGCUGAACGGCACGGGUGGUGUCAUCUCACAGCUGCACGCUGGCCGCGACCGCUUCGGAGCCCAGGUCCACUCGGGGAAAACCGUCGCCACAAAAAUCCACAACCUCAUCAAAGUCAUUACUUCGAGUUUUCCUUCGAGGACUUCUUCACCAUGUUCGUCGGCUUCGUCGCCUUCGAAGACAUGA